AGAUUAUCUGGCAACACUGCAACAUAUUCUUGUUGUAAACAUUAGUUAUGCAAGGAGGCCGCGACAAACUGUACGAGACGGUGCAAUGAGAUACGGACGACCCAGAUUUAUAGAGUUCGUUCUUGUCGCGAUCUUUGGUGUCGGUGGAGGCUUCUACGUUUUCCAGCCAGAGUUUGCAAAAUAUCAGAUUCAACACGGCUCGAGGAAGAUAGAGAGUGAGUCCACUUCAUCAGUAAAGUAAUAAUUUCCGGACUGCUAAGAUGUCUACCAUUGGCAAUAUGUAUCGGGUGAUUAAAGGCUCACCGGUUGCGGUAACCGGUGGGGCGAUUAUCGCCACCAUGUCGUUGAUAGUAGCCUACAAAAAGUUAUAUCAGCCGCAUGUUGCACGGAACCGCAGAGCUGAAGCUGAAUCCGCAGCUGAUUUUAUCUUUCGAAUGGAACAGCAGUCACGCGGUAUUGACCAACAAGACAAAGAUAUCCUGAGCGAUGGAUGAUACGAGCAAUUCUACUUUGAUAAUUUGGAAUAGUCACAGAUUUCAAAUGAAUGGUUCUAAGAUAUCUCACGUUACUUAAUUAUAUUAUUAAACAAUAUAAAUCGAAGUUCUUCUGACUUAUAUUUAAGAACAACCUGAAAAUUUACUGAAUCGUUCCUCAACGGAAGCAGGUCUUACAGCUUUCCAGUGCCACCAAUUGAAGUCUAGUACACUGAAAAUAUUAACUUGAAAAAGAUACAUAAUACUAAAAUCAAUUCGAUUUGAGUUCGAAUUUUCUCGAAACGAGUUACUCGUGAAUAUGAGUUACUCGGAUACACGACCAGACAACAUGGUCGAUGUCGUGGUAGCCAUCGCCACAAUCACAUAGAUUGCCAAGCCCAAUGCGAUAAAGAUGCGCGUUUAGGUUGUAGUCAUUGAACAUAAGCCGGGAUAUCGGGCCUUCACUUCACGGCGGAAACGAAAUAAACGGCACGCCAUUGAACUACGUUUUACGAGUUUGUGAAGUGUCGAAGAUAAUAAUGAGUUUCCAGGCAGAAUGAGCACUUUUCAAAUAAAAAAUCAUUAAUGAAAAUUAACUUCUUCGUAUCAAACUGGUAUUCAAUAGAAAAAUGAUUCCAGUGUCGCUGCGCACAUUCCGAUUACCUUCCGUUAGAUUUUACGCAACAAAACUAGCCCAACCAACGUCUGUCCGGAUUGUAGAAGUUGGACCACGGGACGGUUUGCAGAAUGAGCCCAAACUUCUACCAACAGCAACAAAAAUUGAGCUGAUAAAUGCACUCUCAGAGACGGGAUUACGUGUGAUCGAGGUUACGAGCUUUGUAAGUGCCAAAUGGGUGCCGCAAAUGGGCGAUAACAGCGAAGUCUUCAAAGGUAUCAAUAAGCUUUCUGGAAUCAGCUAUCCGGUGUUAACGCCCAACUUGAAAGGAUUCCAAUCUGCGAUAGCAGCAGGAGCAGAAGAGGUUGCCGUUUUCGGUGCUGCCUCUGAAAGUUUCACUAAGAAAAAUGUCAAUUGCACUAUUGCCGAGAGCUUGGCGCGCUUUCAGGAUGUCAUGGAUGCCGCGAAGAAAGAACAGGUGAAAGUAAGAGGAUACGUUUCUACCGUGGUUGGUUGCCCUUACGAAGGGCAUAUUAAACCAGCUGCGGUUAUUCGUGUGGUAGAUAAGCUGCUUGAAAUGGGAUGUUACGAAAUUUCUCUUGGAGAUACGAUUGGUGUGGGAACGCCGGGCAGCUUCUCAAAGAUGCUUCGAGAAGUAACGAAGAUCGCACCGGUGAACAUGCUGGCUGUUCAUUGUCAUGACACAUACGGACAGGCUUUGCCCAACAUUCUUACAGCGUUGGAUUUCGGUAUUGGCGUUGUGGAUGCUUCAGUGUCUGGCCUUGGUGGCUGUCCGUAUGCUAGAGGAGCCUCAGGGAAUGCUGCGACUGAGGAUGUAGUGUAUAUGUUGCAUGGACUGGGGAUAGAUACUGGAAUCGAUUUACAGAAGUUGGUAAACGUGGGCAAAUUUAUUUGCGAAAAGCUGGGAAGACAAUCUGAAUCUAAGAUUAAUCGGGCCAUGAGACAGGCGAAUCCCAAAGUGGAAUGUUGAAAGGAACAAAACAAACGCACAGCGAUACAACAAGUUGACGGAAACAGGAUGCAUUUAUUAGUUUAAGCAGAUGAAAGUUUAUGGAACUUUAUAUUUUUUGAAUAAAUAGUUCGGCACAAAUA